AUGGAUAUCUCUAUAAAGGCAAUUUCACGGAUCAAGUACCAUAUGAGCAACCUUGAAGAGAUCAAGCAUAACAUUAAGGAAAAGGAUCUGUACCGCUGGUUUGGAAGUCCAACAGCUCCAAGUUUCCUUGUCACGUUUCAGGGAAACACAGUACUGCAUCUUGCUGCCAUUAAUGGGCAUGAUCAGUUGGUGCGGCGUAUCCUGGACCAUGAGCUAAACGUUCUUAGAAGUUGGAACCCUUCCUUAAAUGGCCAUGAGCUGAUAGUUGACCUUCUUGUUGCAUCCCUAUGUCUUCUUCCGCAAGAUAGAAUUAUUGUGCUUGGCUCAGAGCAGAUCGUACUUGGAAAUAUCUUGAGAGUUUCCAACGAUGAUGGGGAUACUGCAUUGCACCUCGCCCUGAAAGGGAACCAUGUAUCUGUUUCCUUGCAACUUGUUCGUAAAGAUCAGAGCACUUGCUUUCUUCUGGACAAGGAGGAUGUGUCUCCAUUGUAUAUGGCGGCUGAAGCUGGACAUGUUGCACUCGUAGAACAUAUGUUACAGGGUUUGAAUGCAGGCUUUGUUGGGAAGUCAGUCGUGUGUGCGGCAAUCAAAAGCCAGAAUCUUGAUAUACUAACAGCUGUACUGGAGAGCGACUCAGAUCUGGUAGAGUCGAGGGAUGAAGAUGGGCGAACUCCACUUGCCUUUGCAGCAGCCAUUGGAUAUGACAAAGGAGUGGAGUAUAUGCUAACCAGAUUUGCAAGUUCUACACAGGUUGCUUACAUAAAGAAUGAAGAUGGUUCUUUCCCCAUCCACUCAGCCUGCAUUGCAAGUUGCACCUCAGCUCUCAAGGUGAUCUUAAAACACCACCCAGACACAAUAGAGAUGCUUAACUCACAGGGUCAAAACGUUCUUCAUGUCGCUGCUAAUAGCGGGAACGCAAAAGCUGUUGCCUAUCUGCUCAGAAAAGCUGACAUCAAAAGUUUAAUCAAUGAACAAGAUGUACAAGGAAACACACCGUUGCAUUUAGCCAGCAUAAACUCUAAUCCCAAGGUUGUAAGUCUCUUCAUACAUGAUAAUAGAGUGGACUUGAAAGUACUGAAUUACAAAGGGUUCACUACUUUAGAUGCUGCGGAGGAGCAUAUGGCGGCGAUCCCUUCACUCCAACAGUGGUUGAUAUGGGUGGCAUUGGUGUCUGCCGGUACCAUUAGAGCUCCACGUGUUCAUCUGAGAGCAGACACUCGUACCACAGAUGAGGACUUCACCCUAAAAACGUACAAGGACAGAGUAAACACCCUCCUUGUGGUGGCAACACUGGUGGCUACAAUGGCUUUUGCUGCUGGCUUGAGUGUGCCACUAGGUUACAACAGCACAGAGUUCAGGUCAAAUGUCAAACAUUCUUACGAGGAAUCUGCGUUCCAUGCUUUCGUCAUCUGCAAUAGCAUCGCUGUCUAUAGUGCUGUUAUAUCGACGGUUGCUCUGAUAGGGACACAAUUGGCUGACAUGAAAUGCAUGCUGACCACCUUCAAAUUCAUCGUGCCGCUUCUGGGGUUUUCUAUUAUCGCCAUGUCUCUGGCUUUUGUCGCGGGGUUAUACCUGGUCUUGGGACAGCAUCAUUGGCUUGCCAUAUUUGUCUUAGCUUCAGGCGGCUUCUAUCUCAUGGCUUUGCUUCUGCUCAUCAUCCCUUAUGCUUCGCCUUAUACCUUGAGUCCGCUCGUUUUCCGCUAUUUUUUGCGGUUUCCCUUUUCAAUGUUGGUUUUCUUUGCAUACUGGAGGGAUGGCACUGAUGGGGAAUGCUCUUCACGAGUUUUCCGUUGGUCAUUUAUUGGUUAA